AUGCAUGUUCAGGGGGUCAAAUUAAGGCUCAAAGUGCAGAAGAAAAAAGAAAGAAAGAAAGAAAUUAAAGCCGCAAGCGGCGUCGAACGGCCCUCGCCACACCGCGCGACACCCCGCACCACGCGCCUUGCCGCUCCGCUACAACUCCCCGCUCCGCUACGACUCCCCACUCCGCUACGACUCCCCGCACCGCGCUCCGCUACGACUCCCCGCACUGCGCACCGCUACGACUCCCCGCACCGUUACGACUCCCCGCAUCGCUACGACUCCCCGCACCGCUACGACUCCCCGCACCGCGCGCCGCUACAACUCCCCGCUCCGCUACGACUCCCUGCACCGCGCGCCGCUACGACUCCCCGCUCCGCUACGACUCCCUGCACCGCUACGACUCUCCGCAGCGCUACGACUCUCCGCAGCGCUACGACUCCCCGCAGCACUACGACUCCCCGCAUCGCUAGGAUUCCCCGUACCGCGCAACUCGCCGCAACUCGCCGCAACCCGCAAUUCCCCUCCCCGUGA